AUGUCGCGAUUGUCAGCGACACUCCAGCCCCCGGAUCAUCCGAUCGCGCUGCAGCCCACCCACCUCCUCGCCUCGAUGCCGGAUCUGUUGACCGACACAGCAACCACACUUAUUAUCACUCGGAAGAACACGCUAUUUGGGCCGGAUUUCUUAGUACACCAGCUGCGGUGUCACAAGUCUCUACACUCGCGACAGCGGCAGUCCCUACUGUUUACCGUCUCCAGCAAGUUCUGGCGCAAGUCGCAACACCGAGAAAUCCGAGACGCGUCAGGACGGCCACUUCUGGAGCUACGGCGACAGUGGCGGCAGCGGAUCUGGAGGGUUAUGCAGGCUGGAGGCGGUGGGGACGAGCUUCUGAGCGCAAACAUGGGCUGUGCGAUUGAGAUGAAGAUACUGAUGCGAGUGAAAAACGCACUACUAGCCGCGAGUCAACUAGAUGAGAGCCAUCAGCAGCGGCUCCAGCAGCACGCGCAAUUCCAAGCCAGUCGGUGCUCCGUAGCAAGCCAGAGGGCAAGCCGCGACGAUCCGCCACAGGAGCGAUCUCCACCGCCGUAUAGCGCCGUGAUCACCGAUCACACUAGCGAUUACUUCGCAAGCAGUAACAAUAGCAACACGAGGGACCUGACUAUGGACGACAACGUCUUACUAUACUUGAAUGAUGAUUGUACCGCUGGCACGUUGCCACCAUCUUACGACUCCAUACGGCACUGCACGAGCCAUUCCCUACAAGACUUACUAGACGCAGUGGAGCCGCCACGGGAGCCAGCGCUACCUUCCUCCUUUGCGUUCCCGCCGGCGAGACGGUACUCGGAAACGUCAGUAAAUGAGCAAGAGGAGCUAGAGGUACUACAGCUCAGCAACGCGGUGACGACGGUGAUGAUGGGAGAUCAGACCAUCAUCGGGAUUCGGCGCGGGAAGAUGAUGAAUUAUCAUACUCUAUCGGGGGCUUUGCCGCGGUGGGAGGUGCAGAUUGCAGGAGGCGUGGACUUAUUACUGGUAAGUUUCCUGCUUGUCCUGGCCGACAACAUACCUUAA